CGCCUCGCAGCGGCGUCGAACCCCGGGCUCGGGGCCGGCUCGGCUCGGCCGGGCCGCUGCCGCCGGAGCGAGUUGACGUUACCGUGGGCCAAGCGCCCGGCCCUGGCGUCCGUACGCGGACUGACUCUCCGUGGGCUGACGGGGAACGUCCCCAGCCCGCGGGUUGCGCUGGACCGAGAUGGGACGGGAACACAGCCUCAAAGAAUCCUCGCCGGUGUCGGCUGCAGACAGCUCUGUCCAAGCGUGACAGGCAAAAGCAGGAGGAAACGGGACUCGGUCCCUUUUGUCCUGCCGUGGAACGGCUCGAUGUUUUCCACUGGGCUCUGGCGCUAGGAUGUCCGAGACCCUAGAGGAAGAGCUGAUCACGGUGCGUGUUCAGGACCCCCGGGUGCAGAACAAAGGCUCCUGGAACUCCUAUGUGGAUUAUAAAAUCUUCCUCCAUACCAACAGCAAGGCCUUUACUGCCAAGACCUCAUGCGUGCGGCGCCGAUACCGUGAGUUCGUGUGGCUGAGGAGGCAGCUCCAGAAGAAUGCUGGCUUGGUACCUGUUCCAGAGCUGCCUGGGAAAUCCACCUUCUUUGUGGGCAGCACGGAUGAGUUCAUUGAGAAGAGGAGACAGGGGCUGCAGCAGUUCCUGGAGAAGGUUGUGCAGAACGUGGUUCUGCUCUCCGACAGCCGGCUGCACCUCUUCCUGCAGAGCAAGCUCUCACUCCCUGAGAUAGAGGCGUGCGUGCAGGGCCAGGGCCCACAGACGGUGACAGAAGCCAUCCUGCACUACGCCAUGUCCAACCGUGGCUGGGUGCAGGAGGAGGAGAGAUGCCCCAUGCUGCUGCCUGGAGGGGAUCUGCAUGCCAGCAGUGCCAGCCUGGGCAGCCCACAGGGCCCGUGCUGCCUGGAGCCCAUCUCAUACUGGAGCGAUUUCGGGGUGGAUGACGACUCCUCGGACAGGCCGCAGGAGCCGGCGGAGCCCGCGAAGCCCUCGGGGGGAUGGUGUGAGGCACAGUGAGUGGCUCUAUGGACCUCACCUGCCCCAGGACCUGCAGCCCUCGCUGGAAGAGAGACAGCUGAGCAGCGUCCAGGCUGGUGGGACUGGGGCUGCACUGGGAACACGGCCUUGGCCUGGGCUUUGUGCUGUCUGGGGCUCACGUGCUGUCUCUGCUGACUCCUGACUGUGCUUGAUGUCCCAGGCAGUGCAUUCUUAUCACUCUUCUCUUGGGAGAAGAGACCUAGUGGUUAGUGAAACCUGUGUUUGUUGUUCCCAUGUCCUUUGCUCUCUGACUGGAGGAGUAGCAUGGCUGUUUGUUGGCAAUGCCAGAGAGGCUCCGUGUCCUUGGUGUGGCCAGAGGCAGGGAGGGAUAUGAUGGCUCGCAUCCAGCACAGCAGAGGAGGGCUUUCCUUGAAGCUGCAGGCUGGGAGCAGGGGCUGCCCACUGCCCUGUGGGUCCCUUCAGCAUCAUCCCUGGGUCCUGCUGCACGGCACAGGCUGGGGAGGCUGUGUUUCCCUGGCAACAGCUGUGCUGUGCAUCUCCUGGGGAGGGGGCAUUCAGCUGUGUGAAGCUGGAGCCCACCCACAGGGUGCAGAUACCGUGUGCACACCUGGGACCUCCUGGCACAGCUCUUCCCUGCUGUGAUGAACAGAGACCAGCUUCCCCUCAGGAGCAUGGGGCAGGGGGAUAUGUCGGUGGGUGCAUAGAGGGGGACAGUUUGUCUCCCCUGCCCCGCUGAGAGAAUGCCCCUUACAGCUAGGCUCCUUCCUUGCACACUGGUGGCCACACACUGGGGGAAUGGGGAUGGGGGAGCUCACAGACAGGUUCCAGUUUGCCCAGAAAGAAGCACGGAGCUGCUUUGGACCUGGCGUCUGGCAGCACUUGGGCUUUGGCUACCCUGGGUGCCUCUCCCUGUGCUCUCCUGCACCUCUUCCUCCCACUCUCAGCGCUGGUGAAGGCAGAGCCGACGUGCUCUGACUUGAAAUAAAAAUGAGGUAGAAGAGA